GAAGUAUUAUUUAUUACCAAUGUGCAGCAUGACUGCCGAGAGGGGAAGUGUGGCCCAACGGGGAAGAAGAUGCAAUUGCAAGAGCGGCAAGAAUCUGGCGUUGAGAUUCAAGUUAUCGAACACACGGAAUUGGACCGCUUCAUCAUCAACACUCAUGCCCUACACAAUUCGCACCUCCUACGCAAAACGUUACCUCGAGGUCUUAUACAGCCCAUUCCGUACAGCACCAACCGUCGUGAGAUGCACGACAAGCUUGCAGCAUCUUUGCGAGAAACUCAGAGUGCUAAA